GAAGACGCCAGGAAGCGUUGUUGUGGCAGCUGCCUCGCAAACCUGUCGCCUAAAAAAAAUCGAAGCAGCUGGCUCCGUGCACAUGCCAUGAUGAGGAUGAAGAUGAUGGUGGUGGUGAUGAUGAUGAUGAUGAUGCAGGGAUGAGUGGUAUUAAUAGGAAGGCUUGAGCGUCUCAGCCUUUCAGUGUCGAGGCCAGGCGGGCCCCGUGGAGAGUCCGUGGACCGGGUUGCGGGGAGUGGGUCUUCCGAUCCUGACAAGAGCGAUAACAACAUGGAUGUGCUGGCUGCCCUCCAUUUGGAAGAUUUAGCACAAGCUUUCUCCAAAAUGGGAAUGUUUCCUGUCUUUGAUUUGGCUUAUUACAUCGUGUCCAUCCUCUACCUCAAGUAUGAGCCAGGCUCAGUGGAGGUUUCUCGCAGGAGUCCCGUGGCCUCGUGGCUCUGUGCCAUGCUCUACUGCUUUGGGAGCUACAUUCUGGCCGACAUCAUGCUGGGAAGCAGCCCUGUUGACUAUUUCCAACACAACAGCCACAUCCUGCUGGCCUCUGGUGUCUGGUACCUCAUCUUCUACUGCCCACUGAACCUCUUCUACAAAUGUGUGGCUUUCCUGCCGGUCAAGUUGGUGUUGGUCGCUCUGAAGGAAGUCGUCCGCACGCGCAAGAUUGCUGCUGGCGUACACCAUGCCCACCACGCCUACCACCAUGGCUUCUUCAUCAUGGUCAUUGUUGGUUACGUCAAAGGGUCUGGAGUGGCUCUCAUUUCCAACUUUGAGCAGCUGCUGCGUGGCGUGUGGAGGCCUGACACCAAUGAGAUCCUCAACAUGUCAUUCCCUACCAAAGCCAGCCUGUAUGGAGCCAUCCUCUUCACCAUGCAGGAGGCUCACUGGCUGCCAGUGUCCAAGAGCAUGCUCAUCAUCGGCUUCACCCUCUUCAUGGCCACAAGCAAGGUGUGGAUGACUGCCCGCCACUCUCACGGCUCCCCCUUCGCCCUCAUCGAGUCUUGGAUUUGCCACCUGCUCUUCCGCUCCCCCCUGGGCGGCUCUGAGGAAGACCAUCAUCACCCUCCAGCCGCCGCAGCCCCUUCAUCGCUCAAAAGCAAAGAGGAACUGAGCGAAGGCGCUCGAAAGAGGAAAGCCAAAAAGGCCGAAUAGACUGUGAAACUGCGUCUGACCCGCCAACACAGCCUUCACUCCAUAGCGCUCCUCCUCUCUCUCAAGAGGGAGAGAAGAAAAGGUGCUUUCACUAUUGAGACACUUUCUGCUUGAGCCAAAUUGUGCUCAGAGUUUUACGUUUUCAUUUACAUCUCAUAAGGACGGUAAAUACAAUCAUCCACUUCUCAACCUUCCCAGGCCAUUUUAAAGCUAUUUAUAAUGUUCCCAUCCAUGCUCGUCUGUGUGGUCGUCCACAUUCAGGCUGCAUAUGUUCAUUGUUGAAGUGUCAGUGGUUCGGCUUUCGUCCAUUUCACUUGUUUCAGAACAGAAAGUGAAGUACAUUUCAAUCAGAAAAAUGUGAAGAAAGCAUAAUGUGAAAAGAAAGAACUUUUUACCUUGACGCUUAUGACUAAGUGAAGAAUUUGAAUAAAAUGUUGGUCUUGGUUUUCUUUUA